AUGGGAAAUAGCCCAGCAAAUGCUACAGUUACUCUUUCAAAUAGUCCAUCAAAUGAAGAUCCCUUAAGUCUUAACCAAAAAAAAUCCUCGAUAUCAGAAGUUCUUGGAACUAAACCUCUCCAAAGAGCUGAGCUUAAAUUAACUAGUCCGAGAACUCCAUUUAAAUCACCAAAAAAUCAAAUUCAGCCUGAUUUUGCUAAACGAAAAAUACAAAGAUCUAAAACCAAUAUAGAGCCGGGGUCUAUAAAAAUAUGUUCUAAAUGCUUAUCAAAAAUUCCAUGUUAUCAUACAAGUGAUGGAAAGUUCCAAAAAGCAUCACUCAGCCCUGAAAUAAAUGUAGAUGCGUCACCUAGUACUUAUAGACGGUCUUAUACAAAUCGAGCUUCAUUUAAAGCAUUAACAUAUGCAACAUUAGAACAUGAAGAAACUAAUAUAGCAAAACUCGAAAUUAAGCUCCCAGAAAUAGUAUCCCCUAAAGGAAUAAAAAAAUCAAUAGGAGGCUCGCCUUCAAUAGUUGAUGAACUAAGGGAUCAAGAAAUCAAAUGCCAAAGACGGCAAGAAAUUUUAAUUGAGAAAAAAGAACAAGAAUAUGAAAAAAUCGUAGAAGAAAGAAAACAUGAAGAAAUAAUUAGAAAAGAUACUAUAAGAAGACUUGAAACCUUAAAUCUGAAUAAAGAAAAACAAUUAAGAGAAUUGGAAGGAAAAAUUAAAAAAAGUAAAGAUUAUUUAAAAAAUUCAAUAAAGGGUGAAGGGAAAUAUGCCAAAGGAAUGUGGGCACUGAUUUAA